AUGAUAACUCCGACAAUGAUCACUCUCGAGACUCUCCCCAAUUUGCUUGCGGAUGACAUCAAAGUCAAGGUCGCCGGCAUCGACAGUGAUGGCGUCCUACGAGGAAAGGUCAUGUCAAAGGAAAAGUUCUUGGGCAUAAUGAAAAACGGUUUUGGAUUUAGCUCCGCUGUGUUCGGCUGGGAUAUGCAUGACAUGCUAUGGACGACAGAUGCUCGAGUCGCGCCUCCAGAGUCGGGAUAUGCGGACUUUCUAGCUGUUCCGGACCUGAAUUCAUUUCGUCGCCUUCCAUGGGAAGAGAACAUUCCUUUUUUUCUGGUCCGGUUUCUCAACGGCGGAAAGCCCGUUUCGGCGGACGGGAGGAGCAUGUUGAAGAGCAUCUGUGACCGGCUCGCAGAGAGCGGAUGCCAGGCUUUGGCAGGAGUCGAACUCGAAUUCAUGAACUUUCAGACUCCAUCCGAAGACGGAUAUGGUAGUUCUGUGCCACAACACCCUAACCUCGCUGCUUUCCUUGAGAAGAACGCCCCUAGCGCUCUGCGGCCGUUGACUCAGGGCAUGUUUUGCUACAGCUCAACACGUCCGGUUGCCAAUAAGAAAUACUUCUAUGACAUCUUCAAUACCUGUGCUCAGAUCAAUUGUGGAAUCGAGGGAUGGCACACUGAGGGUGGGCCCGGCGUAUAUGAAGCGGCACUAAAAGUGUGCGAAGUUAGCGAGAUGGCUGAUAAGGUUGCCAUGUUCAAAUUCCUCACCAAAUCUCUUGGAGUUGACCAUGGAGUCACGCCGUGCUUCAUGGCGAAACCCAUGCAGGGGAUGCCUGGUAGCUCUGGUCACAUCCACAUCUCACUUACCGACAACCAUGGUCAGAAUCUCUUCGCGAGAGAGACACCAGAAGAGAAUCCUCGGUGGGCCGACAUCGCCCACCUCUCUGAUACAGGCCGGCACUUCUUGGCUGGCCUGCUUGAAGCUCUACCCGAUAUUAUGCCACUAUUCGCCCCGACUGUCAACUCAUACAAACGCCUGGUGGAGAACUACUGGGCCCCGGUGCACAUCAGCUGGGGAUUGGAGGACCGCAUUGCAUCGAUACGCUUGAUUACACCUCCAGUCUGCAAGCCCGGUGCCACGCGCCUUGAAGUCCGUAUCCCCGGCGCGGAUCUGCAUCCGCACUUUGCACUUAGUGCUGUCCUUUCCGCAGGCUGGCGUGGUGUCCAGAAGAAACUGGAGAUCAACGUACCACCUAUGUCAGCGCGAAAACCGGGUGACCCACGCCCAGAACUACUUCCUAACACACUAGAUCUGGCUCUAGCACGAUUUUCAGCGCCGGAUAGCAUUUCUCGGGAGAUUUUGGAUGGAGAGUUUGUGAGUUUCUUUACGGCGACUAGACAGCAUGAGUUGGGUCUCUGGAAGGAGGCAGUGACUGAUUGGGAGCUGAAGCGUUAUAUUGAAAUUGUUUAG